AUGGACUGGCGCAGUUUCAAUUUGAACUCAAUUCUCUGCCUCGUAUUACCGCUUCUCGCCGUUCGAGGGAGGGAGAUAAAAGCUGAUGAAGUCUGUCAGAUCUGUGAUGGGUGUAUAUACGGCUCCAUCUCCUGCCAAGAAGCAGGUCGAUUGCAUAUGCUCCCCAACGAUCUCCCCCCAGGCAUUCGAAAAGUCAUUAUUGUCAGCCAGCGGUUUGACAGUCAAUUUCUCUCCCGACAAAACAUAUCCUCCUACUCCCUACCUGGUACCGUCAUACAGGAGCUAACGAUUAUGGACUGUGGCCUUCGAGCAAUCGAGUCUCGGACCUUUAGUGGACUAAAUAGUCUUACCAAAUUAGACGUAUCAAAGAACUCACUAUCCAGGAUUCAGGGCAAUACCUUCUCGGGUCUAAGGUUGGACCUAUUGCGAUUGGAUGACAAUCAGGGCUUGACUCUUGAUGCAGAAGCAUUUGAAAAUCUCACCGUAUCCUCUCUAUCUAUGCAAAAUUGUGGUCUUCGAAGUCUUUCUUUUGAGGUUUUCCGACCUCUCCUACAAUCCGGUACCCUUACCACACUACGCCUAACCUCCAAUAGCCUUACCACUCUUGACAUACGGUUCGAGCCCUUUUUUCGCAAUCUCUCAUUCCUCUCCUUGGCUAAGAAUCCGUUCACUUGUGACUGCAAACUCAUGUGGCUUAGUCGGACUCUCCAACGAAAACGUCGGGAGGAUAAUGAUGAUGCUUUUCCAAUGAUCAAUGAUGAUAUUUUAUUAAUUGAACCCGACGAUGAUCAUCCAAUAUGUGAAUCACCAAGCCGACUGCGUGGAAAGCAGAUUGUUACCCUCGCAUCAACUGACUUUUACUGUGGACCACCACAGAUGAAAGCACUGGAAGUCGAUUUCAGUAGUUUUCGUGUGGGUGGGGGAGAAACAGUUAAUACAACUGCUGGAAUAGUCAUUAAGUGCGCGGCUCAAGGCUCCCCUGAAAUGCAAUUAGCUUGGUUUCAGCGUGAUCGGUGGGGCAAUGGACUCGUACCUCUAUCCGGAUCCAAACAUGUAUCCCCAGGAGUUGUCGAGGUAUCAAUUUCUCGUUCUUUGCUUGCCAAGAAUUCAACAGGUGGCAGUGAGGAAUUGGGGGAGUUGUUUACCUGUAUGGGAAUAGAUACCUAUGGAAACACAAGUGCCGACUUGUCCUUAAGGUGGCCAGCGUUCCAACCGACCUCAAUUGUGCCAUCCCAGCCCUCGGAUAAACGAAAUUCCCCAGUACCGCCCGCUGGUGAUGCUGACUACUUAGAAGUGGACCAAAAAAGUUUUAAAACAGACCGACUGGACGAAUUCUUCUUUAUGAAAAAGUUUACAGUCCUGGAACUAAUUGGCGCCGUGGUGGGGACCUUCACAGCAACUAUAAUGCUUUUCCUAAUGGGGUACAUCCUCCUCUACAUGCGUCAUCGACAACAAUACCCCAAAAGCCCAUCCAAAACCGUUUAUCCGCUAGUAUCUAAUACUGGACUAACAAAGUUCCCAGAUUACCAUGUUCUUGAAUCCAGCCCACAGCGACAAUUUCAGAACCACUUGGAAUGCCUUGGGAAUCAUUCAUGUGAUAUCUCAACGGAAAAGCGUCGGUUGAUGCAAAACGGGAAUUGGACAGACUCUACUCGACGCGGUCCGGAAGCAAGAACAGGCAGUAGUGUUUACUCUGAGUGUCCCACGUAUGACCUCCCUUCAAAUCAUUUAGUUGCUCCUCUUCCUCCACUCCCUGCUGAUCCUCCGCCCCCUUCACCUCCCAAUUCAACCAUCAACCAAUUUGGGACAGUUGGCGGGAUGCCGAUUGUUUACCCCCAGUCCCACUUUCUUGACCCCAAUUUGGCUGCAGCAGUUGCUAAUACCAGUGGGAACAAUAGCCAAUCCAACAACCUUCUAGCUCAAACACUCACAACUAAUGCGAUCUUAGUGGACAUGCUCACUAUGCAACGUCGCCAACACCAGCACCAACUUCAACACCAACAGGCCACCUCUCCAAAUCAAAAUUUCCGAUUCUAG